AUGACCAAUCUCGAUACUUAUCCAGAAGAUGAUACCAACUACCAGACAUUCAGAGACUGCCUCUUCUCAGCCAUAGUCGAAAAGUCAUCCGGCGCCCAAGCCAGCAAGAAGUCCACUGCCGCCAAACGACGGCAAUCCCGACCAGUCUCGCACCCGUCUAGAACUCGAGAUAACAAUGGACCAUCGGCGGACCCGUCAGAGCUAGCCGACUUCUCAGACUACCUAUCCUCCGAGAUCUUCCCCUCUCUACCCGACGCCCUACGAAGCAUCAACCACGCUACAAUCAAAUUCGCCGACCCCUCCAACGCCACGUACUCCCUCCCCCUAACGCUCAGCACGCUCGAGGACCUAACCUCCCGCCUCCCCCCGACCGUCACCGACACGCUCCAAGCCUACUCCCUCAUCUCCCCACCCACGAGCGACACCACUUCCUUCCUCUCACCCAUCCUCUCCGCGUACAUCACCUCCGCCACCACACCGCCACCCGCCCCUUCAGCCACCCGCGCCGACCACUGCGAGCUCUGCGAGCGCGACUGGAUCCCCCUGACGUAUCACCACCUGAUCCCUCGCUCGACCCACCCGCGUGUUCUCAAGCGUGGGUGGCAUCCCGAGGCCGAUCUGCAGAACGUGGCGUGGCUGUGUCGUGCGUGCCAUAGUUUCGUGCACCGGACGAUUGGGAACGAGGAGCUCGCGAGGGAGUGGUUUACCGUUGAGAGGCUGGCGGGGAGGGAGGACGUGCAGAGGUGGUGUCGCUGGGUUGGCGGGAUACGGUGGAAGAAGCGUUGA